GGGCUUGUCUGGAAAGUUCGCUGCCCUUCCUUCCUUCCCAUCUGCUAAGCUCUGCUGCGGCUCUGACGCGCUCCUCAGUUAGCUUCCCCUCCUACUGUCAAGCAGAGCACUUGACAACGUGCGCUAGCACAAGCUUUUAGGAACUACACAAGAGUGCUUCGUCUGUGUACUACAAGGAUAAUAGUUACUAGCUAUCAGGUUAUAUUAAUCGCAUAUCCCCUUGCUCAUCUUUCAAUGAUAUAGCAUAAGUGGAGGAAAUAAGAUACGCAGCUUUAGAACAAGACGUUUAGCUCUCUGGCUAGCAUUAGCUAGGAUUGUUCAGUGUUUUUUUGUGGUGCUGUUCAGAAUAUACCAAAUAUGACUGCAGAAGAAGUGACAAACGAAGGACAGACAAUCCCCAUUGAGGGAGAAGACAUCACCCCCAAGAAGGAUGGAGGAGUCCUUAAGCUGGUCAAGAAGGAGGGCACGGGCAGCGAGAUGCCCAUGACGGGUGAUAAGGUGUUUGUGCACUAUGUGGGCACGCUGCUGGACGGCAGCAAGUUCGACUCGAGCCGCGACCGCGACGACAAGUUCAACUUUGAGCUGGGCAAAGGUCAGGUGAUCAAGGCGUGGGACAUCGGCGUGGCGACCAUGCGGGUGGGGGAGGUGAGCCAGCUGGUGUGUAAACCGGAGUACGCGUACGGAGCCGCCGGGAGCCCCCCCAAGAUCCCACCCAACGCCACACUCGUCUUUGAGGUGGAGCUCUUUGAGUUCCAUGGGGAGGACAUCACUGAGGCAGAGGAUGGAGGGAUCAUCCGGCGGAUCUUGACAAAAGGAGAAGGGUACAGCAAGCCCAACGAAGGAGCCGCUGUUGAGGUGAGCAUUGAGGGCCGGUAUGAGGAGCGUGUGUUUGACGAGCGGGAGCUGAAGUUUGAGCUGGGCGACGGUGAUAACCUGGACCUUCCGCCCGCCGUGGAGAAGGCUCUGCUGAACAUGGAGAAGGGCGAGGAGGCCCUCUUCACCGUCAAACCAAAGUAUGGCUUUGGAAGCACUGGAAAGGCAAAAUUCAAUAUCCCAGGGGGAGCAACAUUGCAGUAUAAAAUCAAGCUAACUACUUUUGAGAAGGCCAAGGAAUCAUGGGAGAUGAACACGGAUGAGAAGCUGGAACAGAGCGGCAUCGUUAAGGACAAGGGCACACAGUACUUUAAGGAUGGGAAGUAUAAGCAGGCCUCUGUGCAGUACAAGCGGAUCAUCUCCUGGCUGGAGCACGAGUCGGCGCUGAAGGGGGAGGAUGAAGAGAAGGCCAAGGCCUUGCGAUUAGCUGCUCACCUGAACCUGGCCAUGUGCUACCUGAAGCUGCAGGAGCACAGCCAGGCCCUGGAGAACUGUGACAAGGCUCUUGAAUUGGACGCCAACAACGAGAAGGCCCUGUUCCGGCGCGGCGAGUCCCUGUUCGGCCUGAAGGAGUUUGAGCGCGCCCGCGACGACUUCACCCGCGUCACCCAGCUGUACCCCGCCAACCGGGCGGCCAAGGCCCAGGUGCAGGGGUGCCAGAAGCACAUCAAGGAGCAGCACGAGAAAGACAAGCGUCUCUAUGCCGGAAUGUUCCAGAAAUUCGCUGAGAGGGACGCCAAGGUGAUGGACGACACCAAGGGCAAGGAGAACGGCGACGGAGACUCCAUGGAUGUUGCGGAGAAUGGAGCCGCAGAGCAGACUGCAGCAUGAGUGUGUGUCUGACAGGGUGUGUGUGUGUGUGUGUGUGUGAGUGUGAGUGUGGGAGAGACAUUGAGUGUGUGUGCAUGAAGAUCAGUACUGUCCCUAUUUUUAUUGUUUUUUUUGUUUCUUUUUUUGUAUCUGCUUUGUGCGUCUGAUCGCAGCAAUCAACAGUACUGUUCCAGCUCUGUCAUCUCGCUGUGUGUGUGUGUGUGCGUGUGUGCGUGCGUGCGUGCGUGUGUGCGUGUGUGCGUGUGUGUGUGUGUGUGUGUGUGUGGAAAGGCAGCUAGCUGGUGUGUGUCUGCUUGAAGGCUUUGAAGGAUGAAAAGUGACGUCCCAAAGAGACCCCUCCUACUGCACUGCCCAUCGCUCUCCUGGACCACUCCGCCCUCGCGUGUGAUUGGUUAAUCCACUCUGCCCUCGCGUGUGAUUGGUUAAUCCACUCCGCCCCCACGUGUGAUUGGUUAAUUUGCCUGACUGACAGCAGUAGGGGAUGCUGCAACCCUCCCACCUAAUCUAUUCCCAUAUGCACUA